AUGGCCGCCACUAUUUCGCACGACCUUGCCUGGGAGGUGACCAAGGGCCACAGCGCCACCCUCGUCAAGAGGGCCAACGGCGUCCAGUUCUCCCGCGACCCGCUGAACCUGAGGAACGUCUACAGCCGCAAGAACGAGGGCCAGAUCGCCAACAAGGCCAUCGGUGUCGUCUCGUCCGAGAACGGCGGUGUCACCCUCCUCGUCAAGAAGGCCGACAGGCACCACCAGCCCGCGACCUCGACCCAAUCCACCACCUUCGGCGCCUCCAAGGGCUCGCGCAAGAUCUACUCCGCCAUCGUCAACAGCACCACCAAGCGCGGCUACCGCCCCGAUCUCCGCAAGGAUGCCGUUGCCCGCGCCUCCGCCAUCCGCAAGGCCGGCAAGCCCGUCAAGGCCUCCCCCGCCGCCAAGCUGAGGGGCGCAAAGGCACAGAAGGCCACCGAGGCCAGCGCAUAA